UGCUGCAGGGACCCCCUCAGCCCCAGCAGGAUGUCCCAGCCGCUCUCCUUCACCCUCUGUGUCUCUGAGGAUACCGAGAGCAAUAGCCAGGAGCCGAGCCCGGACAAUGAAGGAGCCCUGCACACCUCCUUCCGCCAGCUCAUCCAGGAGCAGAGCAGCUUGGUACAGGCAGAUCUGGAGCUGGAGAUGCAGGAGAAGGACAGAGAGCACCUGACCCCCUUGGUCCCCUCAGACACCUCUGCUGCAGCCUGGCUGGAGCCUGGGCAGGAUGAGCAGCACCCCGGCUACUCCUCUGCCACCUUGAAGAUCCUCGCCAGCAUGCCCAGCCGCACCAUUGGGCGCAGCCGCGGGGCCAUCAUCUCCCAGUACUACAACCGCACAGCCCGGCUGCGGCGCCGGAGCAGCCACCCACCCCUGCAGCAGCUCUGCCGUGCGGCGCGGCCCAGCCUGCGGCAGUAUGACCUGGAGACUGACCCUGCCAGGGCAACGCUGGAAGACAAGCGGAGCCUGCUGGUGAAGGAGCUGCUGAGCCUCUCGCCCAGCCAGUGCAGCUACAUGCUGCUCACUGUGCCCCUCAGCCUGACAGAGAAACGCACCCUCCGGCAGGAGCUGAGCAGGCUGAGGGGCCCCCCGAGGCAGCAUGCCCAGCACCAGGCUCCCUCCUCUCCCUGCAGAUGGUCCAAGGACUAUAUCAUCCUUGGCUGCCGGGACUUCUGGUACAGGCUCCUCUCCCUGCUCCUUGCUGCACGGCCCUGGCACUAUGCCCUGAAGCAGAUCAGUGGCCGCUUCGGCUCCAGUGUCCUCUCCUACUUCCUCUUCCUCAAGACACUCCUCAUGUUCAACGUCAUCUCAUUCCUCAUCCUCCUUAUCUUCGUGGUAGCCCUGCAGGCUGCGUAUCCCCCUGCCCCGGCCAGCCCCCAGCCCUUCACUGGCCUUGAGGUCCUCACAGGAGCGGGCUACUUCACUCACUCGCUGCUGUACUAUGGCUACUACAGCAAUGUCACCCUCAAUGACCCCUGCGCCUUCAGCCCCAAUGGCAGCGCAUGCCCCCUCGCCGUCCCGUACAACAUGCCACUGGCCUACAUGUUCAGCGUUGGGGUCUCCUUUCUCGUCACUUGUGUCCUGCUGAUGUACAGCAUGUCCCACUCCUUUGGGGAGAGCUACCGCGUGGGCGGCUCUGUGGGGGACCUGGCUGUCAGAGUCUUCUGUGCCUGGGACUUCAAGGUGAUCCAGAGGCGCUCAGUGAAGCUGCAGUGUGAGAACAUCUGCACCCAGCUGAAGGAGCUGCUUGCGGAGCAGCGGUCCCGCUCUCACUCCCUGAGCCUCUGCCAGUGCCUGAGACACACUGCUGUGCUUUUCCUGGCCUGGGCCCUCUCACUGGGCACAGUGCUGGGGUGUGUGUUGGCUGUGCACUACUUCUCGGAGCAUAUGCAUGCGGUUCAGCAGGACCACCAAGCCCGCGCUAGUGGCAGGUGGCAGCAGGAAGCCAUCCUGCUGGUCCUGCCCCUCAUGGUAUCCCUCCUCAAUGUGCUGAUGCCCCACCUGUACAACUUGCUGGGGAUGUGGGAGAAGCAUGACUCCCCGGUGGCAGAGGUCUACGUGGCAAUCUGCAGGGCUCAGGGGCUCCUGGCACCAUUCCUGCUCCCCAGGAACCUCAUUCUGAAGAUGGUGGUCCUUGGCCUGCUCUGCUACCAGUGGCUCAGUCGGAGUGUCAUCUGCUCAACAGAGGAGUGCUGGGAGACAUGUGUGGGGCAGGACCUGUAUCGCUUUGUGGUGAUGGACUUCAUAUUCACCCUGCUGGACACACUCUUCGGGGAGCUGGUCUGGAGGCUGAUCUUGGAGAAGAGGCUGAAGAGGAAGCAGAGGCCUGAGUUUGACAUCGCCCGAAAUGUGCUGGAGUUGAUAUACGGGCAGACUCUGACCUGGCUGGGCGUUCUCUUCGCACCACUCCUGCCAGCCGUGCAGACGCUGAAGCUGCUGCUGCUCUUCUAUAUCAAAAAGACCAGCCUGAUGCAGAACUGCCAGUCCCCCAGCAAGCCCUGGCAAGCAUCUCACAUGAGCACCAUCUUCAUCACCCUGCUGUGCUUCCCGUUCUUCCUGGGUGCAGCUGUCUUCCUCUCCUACACCAUCUGGUCGGUGCAGCCGUCAGAAACCUGUGGCCCCUUCCAGGGGAUGGAGACGAUCUAUAUAUCAGGAAAGACCUGGGUGCAGGUGCUGGAGAAGUCUAACCCGAACAUCACCUGGUUCACCUGGGUCCACCACCACCUGUUGGAGAAUGCCUUCCUCCUGUUCUUUGUGUCUGGGAUCCUGCUAGCCGUGAUCUACUUCAACAUCCAGGUGGUGAGAGGCCAGUGGAGGAUCAUCCACCUGCUGAAGGAGCAGAUUGCCAACGAAGGGGAAGAUAAAAAAUUUCUUAUUCAGAAGCUUCACUCCAUUUAUGAGCAGAAAGAAAGAUGCGCCCGAGUCCCAGUGCCAUACUCCCCGGGAAGGAAUGGGACAAGGACACAGGACUCUACUCACAGCCAGGGACUGGAUCCAGCCCUCUUUCUGAGCUGAUGCAGCGUGGUGCUGGAAGCAGCAGGGCUGUGGGGUGCAGAGAAAGAUCCUCUCCUCCAGGUUGCAGUGACCAAGGAUCCACUGGGACACAUUUUCUGGCAGCUCCACAGGGAUGCUGUGGCACAGGGAUGUGGGUGUUCCCACUGCCUGGAGCUGCUGAGGAUGCAGCAGGACCAAGGUCAGGACUGCCAUCGUGUCCCAGGGCACAGCUCCACCCACAGCAUGGCUCACCAGCAGAGCCCUUCUCUGUGAGCAGUUACUGUUAGCAGAGAACAGAGGACUCUCCUCCUGUAAAUGCCCCAGCCAACCUGGAGAACAACUUUGGGCUGUUUUCAGAAGCCUUUGGGGACAGCAAAGCUUUCUGGCUUGAGAGAAUGUGCAGCCCUCUCUGCACUGCCCAGGAGCAGCGAAACUGGAGCCAGGAGCUGCCAGGCACUGACCCAGCUCCAGCCCUGUGCCUGGCUCUCCUGGAGGAGUGCAGCUGGCCAACACCUUCCCCACAAAUGAGGCCACUGGGCCACCCCCACCAGGCCAGGCAGCCCUAUGGGCACGCUGUACUUGCCUACAGGAUGGCCUCCGGAAAGCCACCGUGGUGCUUCAUUCUGGGCUGGGCAGAGGAACAUGAAGGCUCUGGCUCCCCAGCCAGAGGCUGAGCUGGCCCAUUAAAGGUAGCUGUGCAGGAGGGCUCACAGCCUGUGUCUGGA